CCACCCCUCACAAAUGGAGCCUGGAGACAAAAAUACCUCCAGCAGCGCGCGGGGGCGCGCGCGCGUGUGAUCUCAGAGCUAUUUCUUCGUCCUGGGUACGAUCUAAUAAUAGGAGAGGCAGAGUUCUCCUUUAAGACCCACCUUGUUGCAUAAACUCCACAAAAAUCCUUUAACAUCAUGGUGAUCAAAGUCUUCCUCGCCUCUUCCUCGGGAUCCACAGCGAUCAAGAAGAAGCAGCAAGAUGUGGUCGGUUUCUUGGAGGCUCUUAAGGUGGACUACACGGAGCUGGACAUCGCCUGCAACGAGGACAACCGCUUGUGGAUGAGGCAGAAUGUUCCGAAAGACAAGAAGCCUGCCAAUGGCAUCCCUCUCCCUCCUCAGAUAUUCAACGAAGACAGUUACUGUGGGGACUAUGAAACAUUCUUCGAUGCCAAAGAGGACAACUCAGUGUUUGCCUUCCUAGGGUUGCCCCCUCCUCCUGGAUCCAAGGAAGCCCUGCAGGCUGAGAAGGAGCGUGUUGUACAGAACGGGACCCAUGCUGAGGAGGAGAACCCUGACAACUCAGUAGAGGUACCGGUAGAGGAGCAAAAUGGCCACUCACACAGAGAGGAGGAGGAAGAGGAGGAGGAAGGUGAGGGUGGCGAGGCAGAUGAUGAAGCCACUGCAGGAGACGAGGCCCUCGCAGAAGAAGAGGAGGAGGAAGUAGAAGAAACAGACGAGCAGGCACGAGAAGGAGAGGAAGAGGAUGAAGAGCAAGAGGAAGAGGAUUUGCAGUCAGAGGAGGAAGAAGAGCUACGACAACUUGAGGAGGAAGAAGAGGCAGAAGCACAAGAGGAGGAAGAGGCUGAGUAGUUACAGUGGGUGAUGAUGACUCACUACUGACCAGCCAGAAAGAGCCUCUCUGUUCCCUCUCUGAACCCUGACGCCUGACCUCCCUUGACCCCGCCCGAGACUCGUCACACAGCCUGUCACCACUGGACGUUCUGGAAACCACUGGUCAUGGAGGCGCUGGCAAAACUGUCCAAAACCACAUUUCUCAUCUCCAAUAUUGACCUAGUUUUUAUAUCUAAUGUUUAGAGAGACACUAUAAUAAAACUGUUUUAAGUAGA